UCUCUCUCUCUCUCUCCCUCUCUCCUUGUCUGUGUGUGUGUGUGUGUGUGUAUGUGUGAGUCUGCACCGACCUGAAAGUCCAGUUUCUCCAGGAUUUAUCGCCGAGGAGGCCAAAAACAUCACCAUGUCACAGGACUCAGACAACAGUAAGAGGCUGCUGGUGGUGGUCCCUAAUGAUUCUCUACAUGGGCGUCGCUCGUACACCAGUGAGGAUGAGGCGUGGAGGUCGUACCUGGAGAAUCCGCUCACCGCCGCCACUAAAGCCAUGAUGAGCAUCAACGGAGACGAGGACAGUGCCGCCGCCCUGGGACUGCUGUAUGAGUACUACAAGGUUCCUAAAGACAAGAGGGUGCUGCCUGUGAGCAAAGUGUCAGAGGAUCAGGAAAAAAGCAGUGAGUCUGACCCCCCAUCAGUAGAUAAUCACGUCCAGGUGUUGAAGUCUGUUCCAGUGAAUCUGUCUGUCAGUGCCGAGCCUCAUGACUCCGUGAAACGGGACGGUUUUAGUGAUGGUGGCCACGUUGCCACGGUGAAGGCGGAGGUGUACGCCCCUGGCUUCAUCAAUUCUGCCCUACAGUACCGUCACGAGGGUGAGGAGCAGGCAAGGGUGGUGUAUGAACAGAACGCACACACGCUGAGCGCUGAGCAUGCAGAAUACGGGAAAGACACCCAGCGCAGCAGCCCUGACAGCACGUACGACGAUGAGGAUGACGCAACUGAGAAAUAUCGUCCCUCAUCUCUCGGAACCAAUGAGUUUAUCUUCAACCAGUCAAACCUAGACACGUUCCAGUACUCUCUGGACGCCAGCAUGUCCCUGAGACAGAAACAGGGCGAGGGGCCGAUGAGUUACCUGAAUAAAGGACAGUUUUAUGCCGUGACGCUGAACGAGACGAGCAAUAACAAACGCCUGAGACAUCCUAUCAGUAAAGUGCGGAGUGUCGUCAUGGUGGUGUUUAGUGAAGAUAAGAACCGAGAUGAGCAGCUGAAGUACUGGAGAUACUGGCACUCUCGCCAGCACACGGCUAAGCAGCGGGUUCUCGACAUUGCGGAUUACAAAGAGAGCUUCAACACGAUCGGGAACAUCGAGGAGAUCGCCUACAACGCCGUGUCCUUCACAUGGGACGUCAACGAGGAGGCAAAGAUCUUCAUCACAGUGAACUGCCUGAGCACAGACUUCUCCUCUCAGAAGGGAGUGAAGGGUCUGCCGCUGAUGAUCCAGAUUGACACGUACAGCUACAACAACCGCAGUAACAAACCACUGCACAGAGCUUACUGCCAGAUCAAAGUGUUCUGUGACAAGGGAGCGGAGAGGAAGAUCAGAGACGAGGAGAGGAAGCAGAACCGCAAGAAACCCAAAGGGAAAGAUGCGGGUGCCGGAGCGGUCACUCUGCCCAAAAAGGGUGACGCCACGUUGUUCAGGACGAUGACGGACCUUGACGCUCAGCCCGUUCUCUUCAUCCCUGAUGUUCACUUCGGAAAUCUACAGCGAGCAGCACAGGUUUUUGCCUUUAACACGGAAGAGAUCGAGAGAGAAGGGAGUGUGUUAGUAAAGAGGAUGUUCCGCUCAGCAGAGGAUGACUGCAUCCCUUCGCCUCAUAAACAGCUCAGAGAAGAACCACAGAAACGAGUGCUCCUGUAUGUCAGAAAGGAGUAUGACGAGGUGUUUGAUGCUCUGAUGCUGCGCUCCCCGACACUUCGAGGCCUUAUGGACGCACUCUCAGAGAAAUACAGCGUUCCUGUGGAGAGGAUCGCUAAAAUCUAUAAAAAGAGCAAGAAAGGGAUCCUGGUGAACAUGGACGACAACAUCAUCGAGCAUUACUCCAAUGAGGACACCUUCAUCCUGAGUAUCGAGAGCUACGGCGACGCCUACAAAAUCACCCUGACUGAGAUUUAGAUGCUUUUGCUUUUGGGAAGAUGAAGAUGUGAAGCCUUCUUUCCAACAUGGUGCUGAGUUCAACAGCUGCACCAUAUAAUUCUAAUCAGGUUGAAGUGAAGCGUCGUCUCAUGAAGCCGACGUUCUACACAAACAAAGAUGAAGAGUCGACUGAUGAGUCACGUGACUCCUGAAUCACCUCCAGUCACGGAGCUAACAGGAAGUUCUCCUGUGUGUAAUAAUGUGAUGUUACUUUUAUAAAUAUUAAUUCAGGAUGUUACAGAGCUGAAAAAUCAGACAUGUGAACAUUUAAAGUCCAGAAACUUUUCUUAUGACGUAUCAUUUCACAGCCUUUUUAUUCACAAAUUGUGCAAAUUUUAAACAUUUCAGACGAACUCGACUUUAAGCUCGUAUCUGCUUAUUUUUCCUUUUAGAGUUAGAAAUAGAAUUUAAAAAAUAAUUCAGGAACACAAUAUGAGACCAUGCUGCAGGAAAUCAAAAUAAAUCCAUGUUGUUAAAAUAUCUGUGCUGCAAUAUCAGAUUAUUAUUAUUAUUAUUAUUAUUAUUAUUAUUAUUAUUAUUAUUAUUAUUACAAAUAUUAAAAUCUAAAAAUUAAAAAUAGAACAAGUUCAAAAGUAGAAUAUGUUUAAACAACGCAAACCAAUUGCUCCGUUUAUCCGCCGAGAGAGAAAAAAUGACGACGUGAUCGAAUUUAAGGAAGAUGAAUUUUAUUUAAACAAACAAACAAACAAACAGAUAAGUAAAUAAAUAAUAGUGAUGUUUGAUGUUGCAGAACUGUGCUGUGUAUUCUCACCUCGUCCAUGUUUCAACACUACAGUCUGAUGGUUUUCAUUAAUAUAUGUAUAAUUAUUAUUUUGUGCCAUGUACAGUUUUUUUAUUAUGUUUAUAAGUUUGUGUAAUGAUUUUUUAAAAAGAUAAUUACUGUGGAAUUCAGGCGUAGCUGUGGUUUGUUUUAUGUGUUGCACUCGAUGAUGCGAAAUAAGACGUCCUCUGAUUUCCUCCUGUGUUUGAAUCAGACGUGUUUGAGUCGGACGUGUUUGAGUCAGACGUGUUUGAAUCAGACGUGUUUGAGUCAGACGUGUUUGAGUCAGAAGUGUUUGAGUCAGAUGUGUUUGAGUCAGACGUGUUUGAGUUAGACGUGUUUGAGUCAGACGUGUUUGAGUCAGACGUGUUUGAAUCAGAAGUGUUUGAGUCAGACGUGUUUGAGUCAGACAUGUUUGAGUUAGACGUGUUUGAGUCAGACGUGUUUGAGUCAGACGUGUUUGAAUCAGAAGUGUUUGAGUCAGACGUGUUUGAGUCAGACGUGUUUGAAUUAGACGUGUUUGAGUCAGAUGUGUUUGAGUCAGACGUGUUUGAGUCAGACGUGUUUGAAUCAGAAGUGUUUGAGUCAGACGUGUUUGAGUCAGACGUGUUUGAGUCAGACAUGUUUAAAUCAGACGUGUUUGAGUCAGACGUGUUUGAGUCAGACGUGUUUGAGUCAGACGUGUUUGAGUCAGACAUGUUUGAGUCAGACGUGUUUGAAUCAGACGUGUUUGAAUCAGACGUGUUUGAUUCAGAUGUGUUUGAGUCAGACAUGUUCGAGUCAGACGUGUUUGAAUCAGAUGUGUUUAAGGCAGACAUGUCAGAUAUGUGUGUUAGCGUCAAUGCUAAACUCAUCCAUUAGUUUUAUGAGUAUAAAACUUUGUUCUUCUUUUCUAUGUUUUCAGUGUGUUGUGGCUUUGUGUGUCCAGUAAUUUCCUGUUGUGAAUUUAAGGUGAAUUUAACAUUGUCAUGUCCACGUGUCAGAAGGUAUCUCAGAUGUUCAAACUCAUUAGUAAAGAUCUUAUUAUUUUUGUAAAUAAAAAUUUUUAUUCCACAAAA